GAGUCGCAGGUGAGGAAAGCACGACUCUAUAUACAACAAACCCUGAGGGCGAGUAAAUGCUGGGCAGUUGUCUGGAGGACUAUUCAUUCCAGCACCCCACAAGGAUCGCAUGGCGCUAGUGUCCCUCUCCAUUGUUUGCAUGGGCGAAUCAGUAGUCACGCGGCCACGAUAUUACUCCCGAAUCGGUUCUAGGUUGACCUUGCUUUGAUGCGAAUUGUCUCGUGCAUGGGGCGUGUCGCCAACCCGCGCGUUGUGCCCAGAGGUCCCAGACGUCGCCAAACGCGUCUUGGUAUUUCUUGGAGCACCACUGUGGCAUUUUUGGGUUGGAGACGAGCUGUCUUGGACGCGCGAAUACUUGCACUGCCGUAUAUUCACGGCCCGGGAAAGACCAAUCGCAAUAUUGCAUCCGCCGCAUCCUCAAGCAUUCGAGGCAUCAUGCGCAACAGCCAUUCGUCUUCUACGACAAGGAAAAUAGAACACCAAGUGUCGUUGGACGGAGAGAAAGUCUCGGCCAUGACCCUCAUCUGGCCACACCAGGAGAAUCUCGGCCCCUGCCGAUAAUCUGGACUCCCCGUGCCUCCCUUGCACGUUGCGAAGUUACACUCGCUUAUGAUGUCUUGAGAAAGUUACCUAGCCGUCAACAACGAUUUCAAGGAU